AUGGGUAGAGAUCACUUCACUAAGCAACACGCUAGAUCCGGUCACAGAGAGGCUCCAAAGUCUGACAACGUCUACUUGAAGUUGUUGGUCAAGUUGUACUCCUUCUUGGCUCGUCGUACCGAUGCUCCAUUCAACAAGGUUGUCCUUAAGUCUUUGUUCCUCUCAAAGAUCAACAGACCACCAGUUUCUGUUUCCAGAAUCUCCCGUGCUUUGUCUCAAAAGGGUGCUGCUGACAAGACCAUUGUCGUUGUUGGUACCGUCACCGAUGACAACCGUAUCUUUGAGUUCCCAAAGGCUACCGUUGCUGCUUUGAGAUUCACUGCUGGUGCUCGUGCUAAGAUCUUGAAGGCUGGUGGUGAGGCUAUCACUUUGGAUCAAUUGGCUACCCGUGCUCCAAAGGGUCAAAACACUUUGCUCGUCAGAGGUCCAAGAAACUCCAGAGAGGCUGUUAGACACUUUGGUUUCGGUCCACACAAGAACAAAGCCCCAAGAAUCUUGUCCAAGGGUAGAAAGUUCGAGAGAGCUAGAGGUAAGAGAAACUCUAGAGGUUUCAAGGUCUAAGCCUCUUGAGAUCUUGCUCUUCUACUUACUGACAAUGAUUGGUUAUGAUUUGCUUUGCUUCUAUAAUUGUGUAAUUUUAUUUGGAAAUGGGUUUUUGUUAUCAAUGGUUGUCUAAUAAUGAAGUGUAGUUUGAGGCUAUCACAAAUGUGUGUAGGUAUAUGGGUGGUUAUGACGUUACCGUCACGUGACUGUCGCUUACUU